AUGCCCGGUAAUAACCGCCGAGUCUACUUCGAGGACGAAAUUCGGGAACCUGAGAUCCACGUGGGGCGCAUCAGGGGCCACAGCCGCCGUCGAAGCCGGAGCGCAGACCGAGUCCACAGCAUCGUCGACGACAUAGCCAACCUCGACCUCAACAACAUGCCGGGCCGUGAGAGCGUCGUCAGCCGCGAGCUGUACGACGAGCUCCAGCGGCAGAACCAGUACCUCCGCAUCGAGCUGCGCGAGCUGCAGAACGUCCAGCCUUGGGUCCAGCAACUCGAGCGAGAGAAGGCGGAGCUGGUCCGCGAGAACCGUGAGCUGCGCCGGUCCGCCGACUACACGUCAGAUAAUGAGGCCCGCAAGGACUCGAAACUGAGCCGUCUGCGCAAGAAGUACGCCAAGCUCGAGGCCGAGGUCAGCGAGCUCAGAGACAAGCUGGCCGAGUGGAAGACAAAAGCCACCGAGUGGCGGACCAAGUACGAGGACAUUAAGCGCCGCGAGGAAGAUGCCCAGCGCCGCUUGGCCAUCUACCGCGAGAGCAUCAGCCUCGUGGAGCAGGAGAACGCCGCCCUCAAGCGCAGCCUUGAACGCCGUCGGUACUAUUAG